AUGGGCUGUCUUAGUUGCAAAAAACUCAAGAUCAAGUGCAACGAAGCUAGACCAGUGUGUGAGUAUUGCAGCUACAGAGGUAGACGAUGUGUAUACCCAGAUCUGUUUCAAGUGUCUAAGGAUCCUGUGAAGCAAGAUGUUUGGGAUUAUUACGUGCUGAUGUCGAGCUCUACGGACUCAACUCCAAUUGAGGACGAGAUUUUUUCCGAGUCGAGGAGCCUAACGUUUCAAAUGCUCCUAGGAAGCACAGCAGACCUGCUUCAAUUGCUGCGAUUUGAGCUACGAGUGGUUCGCUUCUUCAACGAUGUUUGUGUUCCCUUCAUGACUUACAAUGUCAAUAAGCGCCAUGUCUAUGUGUGGGAAAAAGUGAUCCCUCGCUACUUCGCUUCCUCGUCAGCAAUCAGGCUGGCAGUGUUGGCGAUGGGAUGCCUUACGAUCAUGCCAUUGUGCGGAUUGGGCAGUGUCUUGAACGAUAAGCUCAAUGCAGACGAGCUAACAAGGGAGUUGGAAGCUGCUAGCGAGACAUGGAAAGUCCAGAGGGUAUUCGCAGACGACCACUUGUUUGAGGGCGCCAAGAUGGAUAUCAAUUUGUUUACGAGAGCUUCUGAGUACUUUGGCGGCGCUCUUAACGGAUCCAAUGAGGCGCUUAUGAAGUAUCAAAGCCCAGAUAGGACGAAGCAAGAGAAGGUCAAUUAUCUAAAUGAGGCUUCCAUCUCAAAUUACUUAAUUUAUAGCUUCUUAGCUCUUCAACCUUGGAAGUUGAUACCCCUUGUGAGCUUUGCAGAGGACGGAUAUGAGCCAAAGAAUGAUUUGCUCAAUGUCGCCAUGGGAUUAAAGACCAUCGUUUUUAGUGACUACGACUUGCUUAUCACAUCUGACAUCGGAGACCUCUUUUACGCAGACGAAUUACAUUAUGUACCGCCCCGCAAGGUGAAAUUCGUCGAAGAUUUAAAAAACCAGUUCAACGAUUUUCUUGGUGGCAUCAGCUUCUUCGACAUAAGUCUGGAGAAGAGCGCUUUCAUCAAUGAUAUAAGACACUGCUUGUUGUUUCUAGAAAAGGCGUUUAUUUUGUCCGUCAAGUUCAAUUACCCUGUGAAUUUGUACAAAUGGCUCGUGAUGAUAUCACCUCAAUUGGUUCCUUACGUAAGAGAGAAGAACUUCUUCGCCCUAAGGCUAUUAUACGCUUACGCUUGCAUAUGUAUUCACGUCAGGCUUUGGUCGUUUGAACAUAGUGUUUGGAGGGAUUACAUUGUCUGGUUCAGGAAUAAAUAUUGGCCGUUGUAUGAGUUUGAUGAGAGACUCUUCCAUUAUGUGAUCACAAAGAAGAGAUAUGUCAACGACGAGAACUUCCAAACUCUCAAGAACUUUGAUGUGUGGUCGCAGGAAUUCGACUACUAG